CUCUGUUGUGGUGGAACAUGAUACAGCAUGUGCAAGAAAGUCUGUUUUGCUGUUAUUUAGUCUGGAAAUUUUCUGUUUGUAUUUUUUUAUCGACGGGAAAAUAUUUGCUGUCUGAGGGGUAAUUCGAUCGGCCAUUGUUCAUUUGUUCACUGAGGAUAAAAAGCACUUUUCACGGGUAUGGCUGUCACUUUAAGGGGGGCAUUUCAGACAAAUUGCCCAGUCCCCCGUGUCUUGCCCAGACAGCCCCAGAGUGUGUGUGUUUGUGUGUGUGUGAGAGAGAGAGAGAGAGAGCGAGAUCAGGGGGUAUGAGCUGAGAAUAAAAGCGAGCUCCGUAGAGACGGAGCCAGAAGUGUCCCGUUAUUAGCAUGCUGGUCUGGUCACUGUGGCCCUCGCUGCCUUUCUGCUUUAACACAGUCAGACUGGGCUUACGCAAGAGGCCUUCUGUUGGCUGGCUCCACUGACAACAUCCACAAUCCUAUGGAAGAGCAAUCAACAAGGACGUAAAUUUAAUCACAGAAAAUCAUGGGAAGCUGCAACUGAAAUCCAAAGGAACUGCGAAGAUGAUGAGUUUGCUUUUACCCAAUAGAUGGGAGCAAAAGAACAAAGGCCUUUGUAGGUUUGGGACCCAGGUUUUAUAAAUCUUAAGCUUUGGAAACAGACUUGGCAGAUUUCCUUGCAUCUUUCCAAACUCAGCCGUAUCCCGGCUACUGCUUUGCCUCGCCGACUGUCAAAGGGAAAGAGUCUCUCUUGGAGACAAAAGACACACUUGAAACUUCCACAUCCCUCAGUCUGCGGCAUUCCGGACCAGAGCAGAAGGAUCCUUAUUCUCACUUCAACAACAUCCACAGCACAGACGAAGUACAAAGGCCAACAAACCCAGAGGUGAAAAAGCAUCGUAAAGAUCAUAAAAAUCUCUCUCACCUCCAAGAUGCUGAACCUCAACUCGCCGGACAGCAACAGCAACAGUAACUCUCUCCAGGACCCUGUGUCGUUGAAUGUAGGGGGAGAAAUCUACACCACAACACUAGACACUCUGACGCGUUGCCGUGACUCGAUGCUAGGCGCAAUGUUUACCGGACAGAUCCCCGCGCUCAGGGACAAGCGAGGGAACGUUUUCAUAGAUCGCGAUGGCAAAGUGUUCAGGCACAUUUUGAAUUACCUGCGUUCCAGCUCCCUGGAUUUGCCGGAUGGUUUUUCAGAGCUUGCAUUGUUGCGGAGAGAGGCGGAUUACUUCCAAAUACGCCCCCUGCUGGAAGAGAUCCGCCGCUGUGAGGCAUCUCUGCCCCUUAGCCUAAGAGGAGGGCCGCUAGGAGCUAUGCUGAUGGUGGACGUUGACUGCAAGGUCCGCGUUCUCCACUUUAACUUGCGUCGUGGGCCAGAGAAUUAUGAGCUUCGCACGUGCUCUGUGCGUGUCUUCACUGUUGACCUCUUUUGUACCUGGAGGGCUUUCUUGGCUCUGCUUUGUGAGCGAUUCUCCUAUCGGACGUCCCAGGGUCUCACCACCCCCCAUCCAUGCAACCCGAGGCAAAACAGGCUGAAACUAGAGUGGGUGCCCAGGCCUGACGAACUACCUCAGGACCAGUAUGACAAGCAGCGCUACCGUGGUCUAACCGUCUCCGACCCCGAGGUCAUGCAGGCUCACUGUGAUGACCUCAUCAGCCCACAGCGGAGCCCCUGCGAAGUCACAGAUAUGCAGCGUUUUGUGGAAGAGCUGCUGACAGUGUCUCUGGCUGAAGGGUUCAAAGUUGAUUUGGUGACUCCUGACCCUGCGGACAUUCUUAACUGCACCUCGCUUCGUCUUGUCAAGUGCUGAAGAUGGUCAAGAGAACAAAGGAAACCUCUAGAACACAACAAGUUGACAAUAACAGAGAGUUGCUAAUAGCCACAAGUUAACCUGUUACCCGUAGGACUUGAAGUCUUUAACUCAUAUCUCAUUCUUAACAAAGAACAUAUUGCUCAAUAACUCACUCUGUGAUAUGGAAAUGAAAGGGAUUACAGAAGAUGACCAGUAAAUAUCUGAGGCAUCUUUUCCAGCCUCAGUCUGAUCAUCUAUCUUAGAUUUAGAAAAACUAUUACCAAUAGUAAACUUGUAAUUUAGUAAAGCUAUGUGAAGUAAUUUUUCUAAGUGCCAACCAGUCUUACAAUGGACAUUUAGAAGUAACUUUGAAGUUCUUAAUCAUUCCUUGUCUUGUUUGUCCAAAGUUUCAGAAAUAAGUUCAAUAUCAGAUAGACUGGUCCAGUUGGUCCAGUAGCUUCAGUGCCAAAUAAAUGAAUCCUAUAAAUACCAUUCCUUUUUCCACCAUCUUUACCCAUCUGCCCUUUAAGUGAGAUAAUCAUCCAGGGGAAGUUAGAUGAGUUAUGGAUUGAGUAUGUAUUUUUAGCAAGGAGGAAGCAGUAUUAAAGGAAGUAUGCAGGAGGAAAAGAUGUGCAUCAGUUGGAGAGGAAAGGUGGCUGUUUGGGAAAACGACCCCCGCAACUCUUUCCUCUUGACGGCUCCUCAAACCUCCUUCCUGGGCUGUGAAGAAAUUAGAUGAGCAUGAAUGACUCUGCAACAUGCAUGCAUGUAUGGCUGUAAAAUGGUUGUGCAUAUAAUGCAAAAGAAGCUUCAGUACAGUCAGUAAAAGCUAUGAGACUUAGCAACCAGAUC